ACAUGUCUGUCGCCUGUGGUCUGAAGUGAAAAUGACACUCUACAGAAAAUGCAGAUGAAAUACUGAAACCUAUGGUUUUAAGUUUACUUAAUUCGUCGGAAGUGGACAGGAUAAAACAACACAAUGUUGAAGCGGGAGAAUCUGAGGAAGAAUUUCCUCCGCGUGAAGCAAAUGGCGGAUCAGAAUUUGGGAAGGGCUGAGAAGUCUGAAGUCCUCUCUGAAGAUCUCCAGACAAUCGAAAAGAGAGUGGAGCUGGUGAAAACUGUGGUGCAGAUAACUUCUAAGAAAGUGGCGGGGAGUCUGCAGUCUUCGGCUGGCAUGGACGUGGAGAAACGACUUAGAAAAUUACCGGAAACAAAUUUGGCACAUAGUCUGAUUGAAAAUGCGAAUUUGCUGGGAAAGGACUCUGUCAUGGGGAACAUGUUCCAGAUGUGUGGUGAAUGUGAGAGUAAUCUGGCGUCUAACGCCCUUCAGUAUGAAAUAGAUGUGGAGGCCAAAGUGUUGGGACCACUACAGGACAUGUUUGAUAAUGAUCUGCCAGGUAUAGCUAAGUGCAAAAAACAGCUGAGUAAACUGACACUUGAUAUGGAUUCAGCAAGAAGCAGAUGGAAUACAGCUUUGAAAUCAACUCAAGUCCAUGGAACAAAUAUGACCUCUGCCUCUGCCAAAGCUGACACAAUCAGAGAGGAAUAUGAGGACUCUGUUACAAGGAUGGGACAAGCCAGGGACAACCUGGCUACAGAAAUGUACAACUUCAUCUCCAAGGAAGCAGAACACAGUCAAAAGCUGUUAGUGUUAAUGGAGACCCAAGCAGAGUACCACAGAAAGGCACUGGAGAUUGUCAAGAAGAUGUUACCAAAGAUGAAGGAGGCACUAGAAUGCAAUCCACAUAAACCAGUGUUUGGGACAACAUUAGAUGAGCAUUUACGAGUGACAGGACGGGAUAUUGCUCUGCCUUUAGAGGCUUGUGUACUCACACUGCUGGAAACAGGGAUUGAUGAAGAGGGAUUAUUUAGAAUAGCAGGAAUGGCUUCUCGUGUGAAAAAAUUAAAAAAAUCCUUUGAUGCUGGUGUGAUUGAUAUGGAGGAGUACAGUUUGGAUCCUCAUUCUGUAGCAGGUGUUCUGAAACAGUACCUGAGAGAGAUGGCUGAACCUCUGCUGACUUAUCAAUUGUACCAGGAAUUCCUACAGGCAGCACAACUGCCUCAGGACCAGAGACUACAGGCUUUGUGGACCUCCAUACAUAACCUCCCAGAACACAACUAUAACAACUUUAGGUAUCUUAUUAAAUUUCUAGCCCUUUUAGCUUCCAAGAGUGAUGUGAACAAGAUGACUGCUAGUAAUAUAGCCAUUGUGAUAGGACCAAACCUCUUAUGGUCUGAGGGUGAUAAUGGGCCCAACAUGCUGACCAGUGGGACAAUCAGUAAUCUGAUUGAGUCCAUCAUUUCUCAUGCCAGUUGGUUUUUCCCUGAAGCUAUAGAUUUCCAACAAACUACAAGGGGAACAGCUCCUCCCAGAAAACAGAAGAAUUCAGACGAGACGUCGACGAGCACCGAGCCUGUGACUUUGGCCCAGCGGUCGGCUACACCCUCACAGUCCUCCGGUGGGAGGGCUUGUGACACAGCGUACAUGACGGCUUCAGGGGGAGUUUCAUCCCGUGGCUCUGACACUUCCUCCCAGGACCGCCUGUCCAGUGUGGGCAGUAAUGAGGUGAUAGCUGAGAGCACCUCCCCCUCAUUUCACUCGGUGUCAAGUACGGAGGAUGACAUUGUACAUAGCAACGACAUGACUUGUCAGGGUCAAGGUGAAGAGGUGGACUUUGGUAACUAUGCACUGUAUGCCUCCAGCAAUGAGGGUCCAUUAGACGGAGGAGAACCUUCGUCAGACCAUGAGGGUUCCUUUUCCUCUGGGAACCAGGCAUCCAGUACGACUGGGAGUCCACGAGUUAGCCUGACAUCACCCCACUCCCCAAAUAUGAACACCAGCACCUCUCCCUCGAGCAGUACAGAAGAAACUAACACCGUUGGCCUAGCUGCUCCCCUUGCUGAGAGUGAACAAACCAGCCCUAAAAUCCAGCGACGUGCAACAAGGAAGCCAGCCCCUCCUCCCCCACCUAACAGACCUUUCUCUGUGGCAGUCACAGCUUCUGUGACUAAACCAGUCCAGUACCAGACUUGGCCCAGGCAGGGUGGGGGCAUUGAGCCAGAGAGCCCUGGUGGGGAGGAGUCAGCUGACAGGAUGAAGGCCCCACCUGAGAGGCCAUCCUGUCCUCCAGAAAAACCAAGCCAUGCCCCACACCGGGCAUCCACCAUAUCCCACAGCCACUCUGAGCGUCCUACGAUGCCACCACCAGAUCGACCAAAGAUACCACCUCCAGUGGCUCCCAUGCACCAGCGUUCAGCCUCGACAGGAAGUCCCAACUCAAUAUUAGUGACGUCUUUAGGGGACAGCCCCUCCCCACAAAAUGGACAAGGUAGUCUGUCAUCCUCCAAAGCUGCACAAGACUUGACAUCAAUAGGAAAUUCUUUCAAAAAUGACUCCCCGUAGCUUCCAUCUGCCUUACAUGGAGAUAAGAUCUGUGAUCUUGGCCGCUGGUAGCCGCCAUUUUGUUUGGCAUGUGAUAACCAUGUGACUGAAACCAUGUGAUCAGAUUUUGUGAGCAAUGACUGUUUGUGGGCAGAACUUGAAAUUGUUUGUGAUGUGCAAUAUCUGUGAUGUCGUAUGUUUAUAACAUUGGGUAGUGUAGUACAUUGGCAAAAGGACUUGACCAAGAAGCUGAAUUAGGGGGUUUGUAUUUGAUACGGUACAGCCAUGAUACUUCAAUAUUUCUAUCAAGUUUUAAUAUAUAUCAUUAUAUAAAUCUAUUACUCCAUGUGACUAUUAGACCGCCUGAAGGAGUUUCCAGGUUUCUUGUCUCGAAUGAAAAAACAAAAUUAUCCUGAUAUGUCCUUGAAAAUAAUUGGGAAAUUAUUGUUGAACUGGACCCAAAUACAUACCGGUAAUUUCAAAAUAUUCUAAAUUCAGUUGCUUGCUGUGAUUUUAAACAACAAUGUUACCAGUGUUAAUGUGUACACUGCACAGUAGUCAAUGUUUUCUGUACUCAACACAUAUUUACUUUAAUUUUUCAUCACCAGUUUAAUAUAUUGUUUGUUUGGCAUGCAUAAAUCAGAACUAGUAAAUUAUCCCAUUGAAUAAUUGGACAUGACACAAUUUACAUCUGAAUUAUAGAUAAUCCUACAACUCCAGAAAGUAUUAUCCUAUUCCCACUCCUGUGGUAUAGGGUUUUUGGAUCUGGUUUUCGUACGACUCCUGUGGUAUAGGGUUGUUGGAUCUGGUUUUCGUACGACUCCUGUGGUAUAGGGUUGUUGGAUCUGGUUUUCGUACGACUCCUGUGGUAUAGGGUUGUUGGAUCUGGUUUUCGUAUGACUCCUGUGGUAUAGGGUUGUUGGAUCUGGUUUUCGUACGACUCCUGUGGUAUAGGGUUGUUGGAUCUGGUUUUCGUACGACUCCUGUGGUAUAGGGUUGUUGGAUCUGGUUUUCGUACGACUCCUGUGGUAUAGGGUUGUUGGAUCUGGUUUUCGUAUGACUCCUAUGGUAUAGAGUUGUAGGAGUAGGUUUUUAUAUAACUCUAAUGGUAUGGAUUGUAGGGUUAGGUUUUCAUAUGACAGCAGUGUGGGUUGUAAGAUUAAGUUUGCACAUGGCCAUAAUCUUUAAAUCUUUAUUUUCAACAAUUGCAAAACAAGUUAUGUAUUAACUUAAAUAAAUCACUCUUGUUGGCCGGAUUAAUGUAGGCAUGGGGUCAUACAGUAGAAGGAAACCCAAAGUACACCCCCCCCCCCCCCCCCCCCCAAAAAAAAAAACACUUGAUCAGGAAAGAUACCUCCAUAACUUUUCAUGUUUGAUCAGGGUAUCAGAGCACUGGUUUCUAGGUGGAAGACGAGUGUGUUAUCACUGCUUCACCUUUGGUAUGAUCUAGUGGUAUAGAUGGUAGGUUAGGUUUUCACCAGAACAAAUAUCCAUUCCCUGCCUACACUACUCAAGUUUUCAUACAGCCCUGGUGUAUAGGGUUGUAGUAUCAGGUUUUCUUAAACUCUUGCGGUAUAGGGUUGUAGAAUUAGGUUUUCUUACAACUCUGUGGUAUAGGGUUGUAGGAUUAGGUUUCCUUACAGCUCUGUGGUAUAGGGUUGUAGAAUUAGGUUUUCUUAAACUGUUGCAGUAUAGGGUUGUAGGAUUACUCUUGUGGUAUAGGGUUGUAGGAUCAGGUUUUCUUAAACUCUUGCGGGAUAGAGUUGUAGGAUCAGGUUUUCAUACAACUCUUGUGGUAUAGGGUUGUAGGAUCAGGUUUUCAUACAACCCUUUGGUAUAGGGUUGUAGAAUUAGGUAUUCAUACAACCCUUGUGGUAUAGGGUUGUAGAAUUAGGUUUUCUUAAACUCUUGCGGUAUAAGGUUGUAUGAUUACUCUUGUGGUAUAGGGUUUUUAGGAUCAGGUUUUCUUAAACUCUUGCGAUAUAGGGUUGUAGGAUCAGGCUUUCAUACAACUCCUGUGGUAUAGGGUUGAAGGAUCAGGCUUUCAUACAACUCUUGUGGUAUAGGGUUGUAGGAUCAGGUUUUCAUACAACUCUUGUGGUAUAGGGUUGUAGGAUCAGGUUUUCAUACAACUCUUGUGGUAUAGGGUUGUAGGAUUAGGUUUUCACACAACCCUUGUGGUAUAGGGUUGUAGAAUUAGGUUUUUGUAUGACUCCUGUGGUAUAGGGAUGUAGCCUAGGAUUAGGUUUUUUGCAACUCUAGGGGUAUAGGGUUGUAGGAUUAGGUUUCCUUACAACUCUAGGGGUAUAGGGUUGUAGGAUUAGAUGAAAUAUGACAUGCUCACUCAUGAAUUAUGUUAUGUCCAUAUAUAUAAUUAAGAACCUGUAUUUUUAAGACCUAAGGUUUAUGUGUCAAUGUUGUUUGUAACAGAAAAUAUAAACAUGCUACUUGCACUGAUGCUACUAAACAAUUCCACACACACCCUCUCCGACUGGUAGCUGGGGCUUCCUUCUAACGGUAGUGGACCCUACAAUCUGCAUGUAACACCUUAAGGACAUGCUGAGGCAUUUUAACCCUCGACUGACAUCAUACAAGUCAUUAAAACAUCUACUUAAGGCGUAUGUACAUAAUAGUAGGUGUACAUGUGUAAUGCUUUUUUUCAGUAGCACAAGCUUCUUGGCAGGAUACAGUGAAACUUAUAACUUACAUGAUUCUUCCUGUAACUGUGACAUCAACAAUAAUGUCACAUUUUAACUACAUUAUAAUAUUAGCGGAGACAGAAUGCCAUGAACAUGUUACCUAUCAGAAUGAUAUCACACAUAGUUAUUGCAGCAUUAUCUUUUAUUUCAUUUAUAUUUCUUUGCAAAAAAAAAAAGAAAAAGAAAGAAAAGUACAAAGACAGACAAAACCAGAAAGGACCAAAAGUAAUGAGCAUAGCAAGAAUUUCUUGCACAUGCAGUUGAUAAACUUUAUUACAGAAUGUGCAAUUUGUUAGCUUAUUACAGAAAUUAUUACAAAACUUUUUUUUUUAAUUUUU